CCGGGGGCGGGCGGAGCCGGGUUGGGCCGCGGUGGCGGGGCCGUCUCAGGCCGCCGUCCCGCCCCUCUCGUCCGGCCGCCGCCGCCGCCGCCGCCCGGGGGGUUGGUUGAGGCGGACGGUGCGGGCCCAGCCUCGGUGUGGUAUCCCCGCUGCACGGAAGGGGAAAGGCGGCAGUCAGAAAAUGGGAAAGAAGAGUCGAGUGAAAACUCAGAAAUCAGGCACUGGUGCGACAGCAGCUGCGUCACCCAAGGAGAUCUUGAACCUGACCAGCGAGCUGCUGCAGAAGUGCAGCAGCCCUGCUCCCAGCCCUGGGAGGGAAUGGGAAGAGUACGUGCAGAUCCGGGCCCUGGUGGAGAAAAUACGGAAAAAGCAAAAAGGUCUGUCCGUUACUUUUGAUGGGAAAAGAGAAGAUUACUUCCCUGAGUUAAUGAAAUGGGCCUCUGAAAAUGGAGCAUCUGUGGAGGGCUUUGAGACAGUUCAUUUCAAAGAAGAGGGCUUUGGUUUGAGAGCAACAAGAGAUAUCAAGGCAGAAGAAUUAUUUUUAUGGGUUCCACGGAAAUUACUAAUGACUGUUGAAUCUGCCAAAAGCUCUGUUCUGGGGCCCCUGUAUUCUCAAGACCGAAUUCUUCAAGCCAUGGGAAAUAUUGCCCUGGCCUUCCACCUGCUGUGUGAGCGAGCCAACCCCAGCUCCUUCUGGCAGCCCUAUAUCCAGACCCUCCCCAGUGAGUAUGACACACCGCUCUACUUCGAUGAGGAUGAGGUUCGCCACCUGCAGUCAACACAAGCAAUCCAUGAUGUCUUCAGCCAGUAUAAGAACACAGCACGGCAGUAUGCCUACUUCUACAAGGUUAUCCAGACCCAUCCUCAAGCCAGCAAGCUGCCCUUGAAGGACUCCUUCACCUACGAGGACUACAGGUGGGCAGUCUCUUCUGUUAUGACACGACAAAACCAGAUUCCCACAGAGGACGGCUCGCGUGUGACCCUGGCUCUGAUUCCGCUUUGGGACAUGUGCAACCACACCAAUGGCCUGAUCACCACGGGCUACAACCUGGAGGAUGACCGCUGUGAGUGUGUGGCGCUGCAGGAUUUCCGAGCCGGAGAGCAGAUUUACAUUUUUUAUGGCACGCGGUCAAAUGCAGAGUUUGUGAUCCACAGUGGUUUUUUCUUUGACAAUAAUUCACACGACAGAGUGAAAAUAAAGCUUGGCGUGAGUAAAGGCGACAGGCUCUACGCCAUGAAGGCCCAAGUCCUGGCUCGCGCUGGCAUCCCGACGUCCAGUGUGUUCGCGUUGCAUUUCUCGGAGCCUCCCAUCUCCGCCCAGCUUCUGGCUUUUCUCCGAGUGUUCUGCAUGACCGAAGAGGAGCUGAAGGGGCACUUGCUGGGGGACAGUGCCAUCGACAGGAUCUUCACCUUGGGCAACUCCGAGUUCCCUGUCAGCUGGGACAAUGAGGUCAAACUGUGGACAUUUCUCGAAGACAGAGCCUCCCUUCUGUUGAAAACAUAUAAAACCACAAUCGAGGGAGACAAGGCUGUGUUGAAGAAGCAGGACCUUUCUGUCCGUGCGACCAUGGCCGUCAAGCUGCGCCUCGGCGAGAAGGAGAUUUUGGAGAAAGCGGUGAGGAGCGCAGCCACCAGCCGCGAGUACUACCGCAAGCAGCUGGAGGCGCAGGCGCCGCUGCCCAGGUACGAGGAGAGCGGCCUCGGGGACUCGAGUCUGCCCCUGGUCCUGAGGAACCUCGACGGGGAGGCCGUGGUGCAAGAGGCCUUGAGCAAAGCCCGGGCUGCCGAGAACGGGCUUGUCAACGGCGAGAACUCCGUCUCCAGCGGGAGCCCGGCCGAGCGGGGCAGCCCGAGGCCGGAGCGGAGUCCGAGAGCGGCCGAGGGCGCCCGAGAGCCUUCCCCGGGCGGCCGGGUGGCCGAGCGCCAGCCGUGA